AUGCCUACCGUAGAAACCCCUUCCGUCUCGCGAGCCGGUAUCACCACCUCGGCCAGUGGUGAACGCCAUAUACCAUCUUCCGUCCGUCCCGAUGGCACCAUGCGCAAAGAAAUCCGAGUCCGCCCCGGGUACCGUCCACCGGAAGACGUCGAGCUAUAUAAGAACAGAACGGCGGAGGGUUUUCGAAACAGAGGAAAGGCAGGUGUGCCCGGUGCCGAAAGUCUGAAGCCAGACGAUGACCCCACCAAGCUCAGUGCCGCAGCGAAUAAGAACGCUAAACGCAGAGAACUGCCACCUGCAACCGAUUGGAAGGAGGAGGAGGAGGUCAAAUCCGCCGGCGGAAAAACUGCAGGCAAGAAGGAUGUGGUCGAGACAGCUGCAGAGCCGGAGAAGCCAAAGGACCCCGAAGCAGAGAAAGAGAAGGAAGCAAAGAAGCUCAUGAAGAAGCUGAGACAGGCCAAGGAGUUGAAGGACAAGAAAGAGAAAGGUGAUAAGCUACUGCCAGAGCAGUUCGAGAAAGUCAUCAAGAUCAACGAGCUCAUCCGCCAGUUGGAGACCCUUGGAUUCGAUGCUCAGGGCGAGAAGAAGCCAGAGACCUGA